AUGCCGACAAACCGUUCCAACCUCAGCAUUCUGCUGACUCAUCUCAGUCGUGUCGACGAUGAUCGUAUGGAUACAGAAGAGGUAGAACAGAGAAGCUCAACAGCAUUUAGACCGUUAUCUGUCAAAUGCGGUGUUUUCGGUGCACAAGAUGGUUCCGGUUACGCUGAAUUCGGAAAUACUCGGGUGUUGGCACAGAUUCUAGGUCCAGACGGAGAUGGAAAAUGGGAAGAGGAUCACGCGAAAGUGGUAGUAACUCUAAAAGGAGUUGAGAACGAGACGAGCGUGGCCGAAUGGCGUGCCGAGCUGACGUCUUCUGCUUCGGCCGUAAUCUUCGUGAAUAAGUACCCAGGAAAAGUGAUCGAAAUCGAGAUUACCGUGUUGUCUGAUGAUGGGGGUGUUCUCUCGACAGCUAUCACUGCGAUGGCGCUUGCUUUGGCUCAUUCUGGAAUUGAGCACAUGGGAUUGACAGCUAGUGUACAUGUGGCGAUGAGGCCAAAUGGCGACUACAUCACCGACCCGAGUACAUCUGAAUCCAGUGGUAUCUUAGGCGGUGUCACAUUUGCCUUCGUUCCCAACCUAGAUCAAACAACUUGUGUGGAUCUAUACGGGCGCAUUCCACUGAAAGCCGCGAGACCGCUUCUGGAGUUUGCAAGACAACGAGCGAUAACAAUCGUACCAGCGAUUCAUAAGGCAAUUGUCAACAGUCGAUCAAAAAUGAUUAUCUUGGAGCAGAAUAACCGAAUCAUUGUGGAGCUUCUCGAGCAAAAAUUUGCGAAUGCGAAAGAAGGUGGAAAACCAGAAUCUGUCAAUGUGACGUUUGCCGAUUUCGAUGGUGUCAUGUACAAAGUAUCGAACCCGGAUGGUGUGAAAACCAAAAUAAUCCUCAGCAUUUCGUUGAAAUUUUACACCGAACUUCAGCAGCAUGGCGCGGAUGAUCUUCUCCGAAAAGUGUAUGGACAGAACAUGCGAGCCACACCGGAACCUGGAUUCAACGUCACGCUGGAAUACGAUUUGACUGCUCUACCGGAUAAUUCAUUGGAAUUGGUGCAGAAGGCGUCGGCAUUGAAGAGGAACUGCUUCGCAUCGGUGUUCGAGAAGUAUUUCGAGUUUCAGGAAACCGGACAAGAAGGUCACAAACGAGCAGUCAUUAAUUACAGAGAAGAUGAGACAAUGUACAUUGAAGCGAAAGCCGACCGCGUGACAGUAAUUUUCAGUACAGUAUUCAAAGACGCGGAUGACGUUAUUAUCGGAAAAGUGUUUUUGCAAGAAUUCCGCGAGGGUCGCAAAGCGUCUCAGACUGCUCCAGCAGUUCUCUACUCGCUCGGAGAGCCACCGCUGGAGUUGAAGGAUCUCCCCGGUGCUCGUGUCGGUGACAACGUUGGAUACAUCACAUUCGUGCUUUUCCCAAGACACACCAACAAGAAGACUCGAGACAACACGAUCGACCUGAUUCACUCAUUCCGUGACUACUUGCAUUACCAUAUCAAGUGCUCCAAAGUGUAUUUGCACACUAGAAUGCGUGCCAAGACAACUGAUUUCCUGAAGGUAUUGAACCGUGCGCGCCCGGAGGUGAAAGGAGAGAAGAAGACUUUCCAUGGAAAAACGUUCCAGACACAGUGA